GUCAGUUUUGUGCUGCUAGCUCCUUUUGAACGCUGACUUCCAUCUGUGCUUCUAGCGUGUUCUCUCUUUGCUGUGACUACAGACAUGUCAGCAGCACAUGUAGCAUGUUUAGUGAUCAUCUUCAGUGUCUGGACAUUGGCAAAUGCCAUGUACUAUCAUUCUGCAGAAAGAGAGGAGAAAUGUGUCAUAGAAGAUCUCCCUGCUGAAUUGCUGGUUACAGGUCGUUAUAAGAUACAGAAGUGGGACUUAGGCCAACAUGACUUCCUUCCAUCUGCUCCCGGCCUUGGAAUGGUUGUGACUAUCAAGGCUCCAAAUAGUGAGAUAUUGCUGUCUAAAUUGUAUGGGCCGGAUGGGAAGUUUACAUUUACAUCACAUACUCCUGGAGAACAUACCAUCUGCAUGCAAUCAAAUUCUACAAACCUUAUCGCCUUUGCCUCAAACAGAUUGCGCAUACACUUGGACAUUCAGGUUGGUGAACACCCUCUUGAUUUCUCAGCUGUGGACCCAAAGGACAAAGUGAAGGAAGUUUCCAACAUUUUAGAAAACCUUCAAGGGGAAAUGAGCCAUAUCAUGAAAGAACAAGAAUAUCAGCGGGAGCGAGAAGAAUAUUACAGACAGAAGAGUGAAGACAUGAACAGCAAUGUUUUAUGGUGGGCUAUUGUGCAAACCAUCAUCCUCACCUCUGUUGGCAUCUGGCAGAUCAAACGCCUAAAAGAUUUCCUCAUCGCCAAAAAAAUUGUAUAAUUGUUCAGCUAGGGAUGAAUGCCUACUUUAAACUUGUUAGCCAGAGGAGCCUCUUCAUUGAUCCACGCUCUCCCCCUGCCCAAAAUCCUGGUUUUACUUUGUUACUAUGUGUUUGCCACAUUCACUUGUCUAAUGAGUGCCCUUAGUGACCACAUGGGUGGUCUCGCUGGACAAGGCAAAGAUCAAUGAGACGAACCUCUAUGGGAGGGGCUUAGGCAGGAUCUUCACUUCUGAAAUGGAUGACUGGUUCAAUUUAAUUAAAUCCCCUGAAAACUCUUUCAGUCAAUGUAAAAUGUUUGAAAGUGUCCCCUCAACUCAUGCAUGAAAACUUUCUUUUGUUACCUUAGAAUAAUAUAGGAGGAUUCCCAUUCGUCAGGUAAUAAUAAACUGUU